AAUAACGUUUAUUUGCACCCGCAAAAAGAGCCCCAAGGAGGCAAGAGUCUUCCUGUCUCCUCGGCUUACUCCUCCCCUUUCAGCUGGCUGAUGCUCCUUGGAGCUCAGCGGUGUCCAGGGCCAUGCGGAUGACUUCUCUUUGGUCAGCUUCCUUUGAGCUGGUCAUUAAAGUCUCCCAGGAUUGUCUAUCCCUACCUGGCUUAUUGUAUCUAGGACAUGUCCAUAGUAUGUGGAUCAUGUCCGCCUUUGCCCCGCAGUGUUUGCAACUCAUGGCCUCAAUGCUAUCGUGCCAUCUCUUCAGAAUGUAAGGGUUGCAGAUCACCCCCGCUUGGAGUUGCCUCCAUGUUAUCUCUUCCUGCUUACUUAGUUUCUUAUGCGCCUCUGGCAGUGUUUUCCUUCCCAUUCUAUAAUAAUCGAGAAUUUCGCUGUAAGUGUUUAUACCUUCCUCUUUUUGUAGGGGCUCCCUGGCUGUAGAGGCUGCAUUGGUGGACCGGUAAAUAAGCUCUCGGGCCAAUGCAUGCGCUUUCUCAUUGCCGGGCAAGCCUUCGUGGGCAGGAGUCCAUAUAAGGUUCACUAAUUCUUCUGGAUCCUGUCACUAACGUUUUUUCAAGCCCAGCCAAUGAUCAUGGGAUCCAUCGUGGGAAACAAGGGACUAUUAAAUACUGGUGAUGAAAAAGACUGAUCAUCAGAAAACGAACAUUGAAAUACGUUAUGCAGAGCAACGCAGCACAUAUCCUAUGGUUAUCCUGCCGUGACGUAGAAGCGACUGACGAAAGCGGGGAACGAUCUGCAAUCUGGCUGAACAAACGGGAACGUGAGUGGUCAGCAGCAGAGCGUCGUGCAACGUCAUUGGAGUCUCAGGUUGUGGAGCUGCAAGGGCGCCUGAACCACGCAUUGUCACAACUUAAGGACGCUGAGAACGAGCGGGAUGCCCUGGCAAAAGAACUGGAGAGAGUCAAGAAAGAACUGCAAGAUCAGAUCCUGCGUAACACAGAACUCAGCAACCGAGCCAGAACACUGAAUGAGCAGCUGGACUUCCAGAGGUCCCUUUAUGAAAAGCAUCUAAGUGAGAGCCCCAUAGGGGAGAACACGCAACUCGAAUCUAACUGCAGUGUCCACGGCAUCGACGUCUGA